CGGGUCGGUGGGUUCCCCUUACUCCGAAGCCCGAGGGAACUGGGAGCAGGAGCAGGAGAGGGUUUCCCGAAAGAAAGCUGCGUCUUGCGGGCUGCAGACCCUGGUUGCGCUACUACAAGAGUCGUCCGACAUUUAUUAUGGGAGACGUCCUUGCUUACGAAGCGGAGCUACUUGGAAUGGUGAAGGAGUAUUUGGAGUUUGCAGAAUUUGAAGAUACAGUGAAAACAUUUACAAAGGAAUGCAAAAUAAAAGGGAAACCGUUACCUAAAACUGGGGGUAGUUCAGUGAAGGACUCCAAGGCUCUGAUAAUUCAGAAGGAUCUACUAACGUCCUUCACUGAUGGAGACCAGGAUGUUUUCUUUGAACUGUGGGAAGAAAAUAUUCCCUCCUCAAUCCGAGACAAUGAAGCUGUUGCUCAGAAGCUAGAGUUCUAUCUUCACAUCCAUUUUGCCAUCUAUCUGUUAAAGCACAGUGUGGGAAAACCUAACAAGGCAGCUUUGGAUGAAAGGGUUGCAUGUUUUAAAACCUAUUUGGAGACCAAAGGGGCAGCCCUGAGCCAAACUACAGAAUUCCUUCCAUUCUAUGCCCUGCCUUUUGUUCCCAACCCUAUGAUCCACCCAUCUUUCAAAGAACUUUUCCAGGAUUCUUGGGAGUCUGAUCUAAAAAUGAGGUUGGAAGAAUUCCUGUCUGCCUCUCUAAAAGCCAGCAAUACCCCAAGACUUCUGACUCUCUAUAAGGAGAACGCACAGUGCAGCCAAGAAAUGCUACAGCAGCUACAUCAGCAGCUGGUGGAGUCUGAACGCAAAACCAUGACCUACCUCAAGCGGUUCAACAAAAUCCAAGCCGACUACCACAACCUCAUUGGGGUGACGGCCGAGCUGGUGGAUUCCCUUGAGGCCACAGUCAGUGGCAAAAUGAUCACCCCAGAAGAUCUGCAGAGCGUCUGCGUUCGUUUAUUUAGCAACCAGAUGAGGCAGAGUGUAGCGCAUAGCAUAGACUUCACAAGGCCUGGAACUGGAUAUUGCUGUAUGAGCCCCUGUGAUGAUGAAUAUGCCUCAACAAUGUUAAGAGCAUCAUUAGUUCCCGUGAAAAUGAAGGAGGUGCCGCUCUUGCCAUCUUUGGAUUACGAGAAGCUAAAGAAAGACCUGGUUGAAGGGAGUGACCGCUUGAAAACCUUCUUGCUGCAGGCAUUGCGCUGGCGCCUGACAACAUCCCAUCCUGGCGAGCAGAGAGACACCGUUCUCCAGGCUUAUAUCAACAACGACCUUCUGGACUGCUACAGCAAUGUCCAGAGAAGCGUGUUAAUGCUGAUACAAUCAAAGAGCGAGGUUGUCCGUCAAUAUACAGCCAGGCUUAUCAAUGCAUUUGCUUCACUGGCUGAAGGCCGAAUCUACCUUUCCCAGAAUCCCCGGUUGCUCCGAAUGCUGGAAGAAAGGUUGAAAGCCGAAGACAAGUAUUCCCUUACCCGAGAGAACGUCCUGGGGGCUUUGCAGAAACUCAGCCUCAGGCGGGCUCUGCAGUCAACUAUGAUCAAAGAUGGGCUUAUCCUGUGGUUGGUGGAUGCGCUAAAAGAUACAGACAGCAUGUCAGAUUACACUUUGGCCUAUUCUGUUGCCUUGCUCAUGAACCUCUGCCUUCGGAUCUCAGGCAAGAAAAUGUGUGUGAACAUUGCGAACGAGGUACUCAAAGUUCUCUCAGAUCUCCUUGGCCACGAGAACCACGAGAUCCAUCCGUACGUGAAUGGGGCACUAUACAGCAUCCUCGCUAUUCCAUCCAUACGAGAGGAAGCUCGAGCAAUGGAAAUGGAAGACAUUCUGCGCUGCUACAUCGAGGAAGGAAACGCCGAUAUGAUCCAGCAGAUUGAAUUUAUUAUCAAGCAGCUUAAAUCAGAAGAUCCAUUGGAUGAUAGCGCUGAGUCUGAUGAUGAGGAGAAGGAAGAUAAUGAUGAGGAAGACCACAACAGCAUGGAGGCCGACCUGGACAAAGAUGAAGUGUUGCAGCCUCAACAGGGGGAGUUGUCGGGCGAGAAGCUCCUGACCACAGAAUACUUGGGAAUCAUGACCAACACACCGAAAGCGAAGAAGAAGCCCAUCCCCGGCAUCCCGCAAAGCAUUGACGAGCCCCUCCAGAGACCCGUGACACCGGGCCAUCACAGGGCUGCCUACCCAACGCCAGAAAAUGAUGCCCUUUCUUCCUGUAGCAGGGAUAGCCAUCUCCAGUCUGAGCAGAACUCCCGUCCCCCGACCCGCAGCGGCAAGAGACCCAGCCAUUCCGAGCUCUGCUUCUCUUCAUCGUCAGUUGAAACUGAAACCUCUGAGGGUUCCCUGGGGCGUCUUGGAAUGGUUGGUUCUCCCUCAUCAGCUGCUGAGAUCCUGACUCUCCAGUCCUUCAAUAUUGCCCAGGACAGCGUAGACCGGCUGUCAGACAGUGACUUCCUUCCUGGCCUCCCCAGCAAACCCAGGCUCCCCUGCUCCCCGGAUUUCCCAAGUGCCAGGCCCGGAAGGGGCAAAAUCCCAACCAUCGCUCCCCAGUUCUCCCAGUCUGGGCCCCAGCAAACCAGCCGCCCCGGCUCUUCUGGAUCGUCAUCGAGGAGCAGGCAGAGCAGCCAGUCUUCCAGGAAGUAAGGACAGAUCCUUUCCUCAGGAAUCACCUGUCUGAGCGAGCACUUAAGGACACACUCGGCCAGCUUCCUGUAACAGGGAUCCUCGCUUCUGCAGCAGCCGGCAGAGCCAAGGGGGAGGUUAUUAGCACAAGGGCCGUGGAUGCACCGAGAUUCAGCCACUAUGUGAUGGGAUGCACCUUAUCUUGGACCUUGGCCAAAGGAUUCUGCCUGGAGGAACGUUUCAUUCCUUGGACAUCACUGCUUCCAGGCACAAAUGCACAGUCAAGGAGUCCCUUGCUUUUUGCCAAAAAAACACCGACUGGAAUCCCAGCCCGUUGUCCUGAGGGACUUGAGCUUACAGCAAGUAGCUGGUUUGCUACUGUUUGCAUCCUUGGUAGAGACCCUGCAGUCUUACGUCAGUCGUGCGUUUACCCAGCCUCCUGCCCUCAUAGCUUUCAUUGCGUCCGUCUGUCUUUGACGCAGAUCCACCUUCAGCCUUUCUCAUGAUUUCAUUCGGGUUUAUUUCUUUCCAUUCAAACGAAUCCCAGCUUACAAACAAUAAAUAACAAAAGCAUAAAGAACAU